UCAGCGAGUCUGUUAAUCAAGAUGGCGGGGCGAGUUGAAGUUCCAAGGAAUUUUCGUCUUCUGGAAGAAUUAGAAAAGGGUCAGAAAGGUGGUGGUGGUGGCUUAAUAAGCUGGGGUUUGGACGAUGAUGAAGAUAUGACCAUGACUAGAUGGAAUGGUACGAUCAUUGGACCUCAGAGGUGUGUUUUCGAAARUCGAAUUUAUACUUUAAAGAUUGAAUGUGGAAAGAACUAUCCAGCAGAACCUCCAAAAGUUAGGUUUUGGACGAAGAUAAAUAUGAAUGGUGUACUUAGCCAAGGAGAGCUUGAUACCAGAUAUUUUUCAACAUUAAGCAAAUGGGAAAGACAAUAUACUAUUGAAACUGUCCUAAAUGAWAUAAGGCGGUGCAUGAGUAGUAAAGAAAAUAUGAAACUGAGCCAACCGCCAGAAGGUACUACUUACAAAUAGGACUCUGGUGACAGUUUUGACUUUAGUACAUUUUGUCCCUUUUCUUCAUCCCUUUAAUCACAAAGAACACUCUCAUUAGAUCACAAAACAAAUUCUUGUUUUUCCUGUAAAUCCUUUCACAGCUGUAAAUUGAUUUAGUUAUUUAAAGUGGUUAUAUUGUUUUCUUUAGUUAUGGUCUACUCCUUAGAGUGCAUACUAUGUGUCCGUGCAAAAACUUGUAAGCCUAUUCCACAAAUUUGAUCAAGUAGAACGCAGUCCUUCAAACUCUGCAUUAAUUUGUACAAUUUUUUGUUAUAUUUUUCACUGAUAUAUGGUAUGCACUCCAUCUAACAGGGUUCGUGCUACUCCUUGAAAUCCUUGAAAAGCCCCGGAAUACACCUCUUCAGCUCUGACGUAAUGUUUUCCCAUAUCAGACCACAUGUCAUUCCCUAGAGUAUCAUUUCUUUGUAUAGGGUUUGUUCUCGGUUGUACAUGAGAAGACACAUGAAUAUAGAUAAGCUCAAACAAAGAAUCUUAUUCUCAAGGGAAUGACAUGGGGUCUGAAAUGGGAAAACAUCACCCCAAGCCGAAGAGGUCUAUUCAAAACCCAUUUUUAAGUGCAUUUGAAAAGCCCUUGAAAAUAGCAAAGCUGCUGGACACUCCUGGAAAUACUUCUUGAAAAUGCUACACCAUCUGUAAUCUAAUUUUUGUAAUUCGUUACUUCGAUUGUAACUUUGCUCCAAGAAUUGCAAGGUUCUGUGCUAUUUUCCAUCAUUUUACGCCAAUGUUAUUGAACCAGCUUAACAAACCCUUGUGAAAAUCAAAAUAAGUCUUUAAAAUAAUGUGUACGUUGUUCCAAAACAUUGUUAAGACAAAAUUACAAAGCAAAACUGAGAAAAUUUUAAUUUUGAACCUUGAAAAGUCCUUAAAAGGUCCUUGAUUUUGUGUUGGAGGUGAAGCACGAACCCUGAUCUAAGUACCCAGUGCUAUUGUUUGUUAAAAUGUAAUUAAAGAUAUUCCCUAUGACCUGUAAUAAYCAAAAUGAAAUAUUCUCCUUCCAAUUUAUGAAGAUGUGAAAAAUUUGCAAUAGUCCUAUUCACAGUUCCCUGCGCCAUCUUGAAAGGUAAAGCCCUGCCUUCGCAA